AUGGGCUUAAUACUAGGACCGGCUUGUUUGCGUUUGAUUGAUCCUACGGCAUGGGGGUACAAAAACGCGACAACGGAGGAAUUAACACGCAUCGUACUUGCAAUUCAGAUCAUGACAGCUGCCAUAAAUUUACCAAGAGCAUACAUUACACGUCAAUUUCGUUCUAUGUUCAUUAUGCUUCUGCCAGUCAUGUCCUGGAUGUGGAUUUCUAGUGCAGUGAUAAUAUAUUUUUUCAUACCAAAUGUUACAUUCGUUGAAACUUUGUUAAUUGCCUCAUGCAUUACCCCAACUGAUCCGAUCCUUGCAAACUCUGUUGUUCAAGGCUCUUUUGCCGAAAAAUAUAUUCCAUCCAAUGUAAGACACCUUUUAUCUGCUGAAAGUGGAGUAAAUGAUGGGAUGGGUUUUCCUUUUCUCUUUUUUGCUCUUUUUUUACUUGAAUCACCGAGAAUUACAGUUACUACUAUUUGUCAAUGGUUCUCUUUCGUCUGGGGUUACCACAUCUUGCUUUCGAUUGCUAUCGGUAUCGUGAUAGGAUGGGCAGCAAGGAAGUUAUUGGGACUAGCUGAGAGUCGAGAUUGGAUUGAUAAGGAGUCUUUUUUAGUAUUCGCAUUUGCUCUAGCGAUUUUUGUCGUUGGUGGUGUAAGCAUCAUCGGAUCAGACGCAUUGUUAGCAUGCUUUAUGGCGGGGACAUCGUUCUCUUGGGACGAUUGGUUUCGUGAGGAAACACAGGAUGCUCAUUUGCAAGAUGUCAUUGAUCUACUACUUAAUUUAACCAUAUUUAUAUAUAUCGGAACGAUACUUCCAUGGUCGUCUUUUAAUUCGGAUAAUAUGUCGCUCAAAAGUCUUAUUAUCAUAAGCGUUCUGGUUCUGAUUUUUAGGCGUUUACCGAUCGUAAUUUUGUUUAAAGGAUUCAUUCCAGCUUUUCAUACUUUCAAAGAAGCUGCAUUUGCAGGUUAUUUUGGACCGAUAGGAAUUGGCGCUAUAUUUUUAGCUAUGACUGUUGAAAAGGAAAUUGGUAGAAGACUAAAUGAUGAAUUAAAAGAUAUUGACAAAGGAUCCAUGUUGCAUAUUAAAGAAAUAACAUUUCCAAUCGUCGCAUUCAUUGUCCUCAGCUCGGUGAUCGUACAUGGAAUAACAGUUCCAAUACUUAAUAUUGGUUCAAGAAUCGACAUCGAACGAUUUCCAAGUAUAGCUAGUAUCAGUAGUCAGGUAGCAAGAUUGCCAGUAAUAGAUUUUGUCGAAAGUUUAACUUUAGAAAGAGACAACAAAGGUCGUGUAAGGAAGAAGGAAAAGAUGAAGGCUGAAUUUAUACCUAAAAACAAAGAAUUUUAUCAGGAUGUUCACAAGGCAGAUACGGAAGAGGAGCAAAAUGAAGGAAAUGGAAUCUAUACACAUAAUCAUAUAGAAACAGAUUUGUUGAUUGAAAAUGAUCAAGAUAAUGUUAAUUCUGUCGAUUGCCAUUGGCUACACUCUAGUGAGUGUUCAAGCCAUGCAUAA